GGUUUUCAAGUGAUUAUCUUUUUCUUGUUUUUUUUUCAAAAAAAAAAAAAAAAAAUGGAAAAGAGAUCUAGGCUUGACAGAGUCUUAUUCUUGAUUGUUCUUCUUCUAGGAUUUGAUUGGUUUCUUGAUUUUCAAUGAAACCAAGUUUGAUGUUUUAGCGGUCAAUUGUUGAUGAGCUUGAAGAAUCUUUAGUUUCAGAGUAAUUAUUUCAGGAACAAUCUCUUGAUUGCGUCCCUUCUUCAAAGGAGGAAAUCAUACAAGGGAAGAUAAAAAGGGGAAGCUUUUGGUUUAAGAUUUUGCAGUGUUUAAAGUUUGUAAGUAUUUGGAGUGAAAUACAAAGAUCAUAAGAAAUGUCAGGAGAGGCAAAUUCAUGGAUUAGGAGAACCAAGUUUUCUCACACUGUUUGUCAUAGGUUGGACUCAUCUGGAUUGGGUUCUUUUCCUUUGAAUCUACAAUCGGACAGGAAGCAAGAGCUGAUCUUAGGAUCCAAGCCGAGGUCAACUCUGUCUUCCCCUAAUCCCAAACCAAUUCGCAAUGAUCCCCAGAUUCAGCCAAAUCGGAUCAUGAACAAGCAAAGAUCUUUAUCCCCUGUCCCUCAGACUGUUCUGUCGGAUACGUUCAAGGAAGCAAGGUCCGAGAGUAAGAGAUUCUCAACCCCACACCCUCGAAGGAAAGAAUCCGGCAAGCGACGGCUCGAAAAGUUCUUCCACAAAGAAUCCCAUGACAAGAAAGGGUCCAGUUCACCUGCACCAUCAAAUUCAAGCCCCCUUAGGCACUUGGGGUCCUUGAAGGUUUCAGAUGGGACAAAGGGCAGGAAGGAAUCUGCUUGGACCAAGUAUUUUGACCAUGCUGGUGUAAGGGUUAAUGCUGUAGAAGCAGCUGAUGAGCACACUGUUGAUCUUUCCCAGCUAUUUCUGGGGCUUAGAUUCGCACACGGUGCGCAUAGCCGUCUUUAUCAUGGCAUAUAUAAGGAGGAAGCUGUUGCAGUUAAGAUUAUUAGGGUACCUGAUGACGACAAUGGAGACUUGGCCGAUAGAUUAGAGAAACAGUUCAAUAGAGAGGUUAAUCUUUUAUCUAGACUGCACCAUCAGAAUGUUAUAAAGUUUAUAGCAGCAUGUAGAAAGCCGCCUGUUUAUUGUGUUAUAACAGAAUAUUUAUCAGAGGGUUCAUUAAGGGCAUACUUGCACAAGCUUGAUGACAAGUCUCUUCCAUUGAAGAAGUUACUUGUUAUUGCUCUCGAAAUCGCCUGUGGAAUGGAAUACAUUCAUUCUCAAGGAGUCAUUCAUCGCGAUCUUAAACCAGAGAACAUCCUAAUUGAUCAGGAAUUCCACAUGAAAAUUGCUGAUUUUGGUAUAGCAUGUGAGGAGGCGUAUUGUGAUCUACUGGCUGAUGAUCCUGGGACUUAUCGUUGGAUGGCACCAGAGAUGAUAAAAAAGAAAUCAUAUGGAAGGAAGGUGGACGUGUAUAGCUUCGGACUGAUCUUGUGGGAAAUGAUUGCGGGAACGAUCCCAUAUGAGGAUAUGAAUCCCAUGCAAGCUGCUUUUGCAGUUGUGAACAAGAAUUUGAGACCUGUCAUCCCCAAAGACUGUCCGCCCUCCAUGCGAGCUUUAAUCGAGCAAUGUUGGUCAUUAAACCCGGAGAAGAGGCCGGAGUUUUGGCAGAUAGUGAAGGUGUUGGAGCAAUUUGAGUCGUCGCUCAAUCGUGAUGGCACCCUGAAUUUGGUAGCGAACCCAAGUUGCCAGGAUCAUAAGAAACGGCUGCUUCAUUGGAUUCAGAAGCUUGGUCCUGCACACAACCCUCACUUAUAUGUCUAUGCUCCACCUAUGCUUAAACCCAAGUUCUCAUGAAUAUUUAUUUGGACCUGGCUCUUCUAGUGCCAUCAGGUCGUUUGUAAUUAAAAGCUUCGUUUUCCAAGCCGGUGCUUCUUUAUUUGUACCCCCCCCCCAUAUGUCACAUUCUUGUGGGAGUGAAUGAAAUAGAUUUGUAGGCGAUGACA